UCCACCACACCUCUAUACACUGUAAUGUAAUGUCUAGCUCUACAAAAUUCUCUCCUGUUAUUCAACAACAAUUACACCCAAGAAAAUCAAACCCAUCUUCCAUUUCAACCCUCAAAGUUCCAAGAUUGCUACUUUUACCCCCAAUUUCUUUAAAUUGUUCAAAAAUUCACUUGGACUUUAGAGUAAGAGCUGAGAUUUUGGAAAAUCAAGAAAAUCUUAAUGAUGAUUCACCUGCUUCAGUUCAACUUCAACCCGUUUGUAGUGAACCCGAAUUUGAUCGGGUCAUUGCUGAUGCACAACAACUUGAUGAAUCUGUUGUAAUUUUAUGGAAGGCAAGCUGGUGCCGCAAAUGCAUAUACUUGAAACCAAAAUUGGAAAAAUUGGCUGCUGACUACUUCCCAAGAACACGCUUUCACUCUGUUGAUGUCAAUAAUGUUCCACACAAGCUUGUGGUUCGGGCAGGAAUAACUAAAAUGCCGACUAUACAGUUAUGGAGGGAUGGAAAGAAACAGGCGGAAAUAAUUGGAGGCCACAAAGCAUAUGUAGUUGUUAGUGAGGUCCGCGAUAUGAUUGAAAAUCAAGAUAAUUUGUGACCUGAAGGCAUAUCCUAUACUUUGAGAAUCCAUUUUUCCAGUUUUAUACAAGUUCUGAAGAUGCCAUUCAAGAAAUUCUUUCACUUCAGAUAUACUUUUGAAAGGGUAACUAUACACAGAGAUUGAUUUAUUUAUUUUUUUCCAAACAUUCAAAGAGGAAGGUGUUUAUUUCUUUUCCUGUAUCCUGUACAUUUCUUGAAAACAGCUCCGGGGAUAUAAGAAGUUGGUCAAGUGCAAAAUGUCCAUUAUAUUGUAACUGUUUCUGUACUAAUUAUUCUGUGAGCAUCAUUUUGAAUUUGAUUGUAAACUGGAACAGUUGUUUGAUAUUGAAAGUUUUAUUUUAGAUGUUUAA